UUGCUAUUUUUUUUUUCAGUGCCACGAAAAAAAAAGUUUUUUUUUUUUUUUUUUUUCUAUUCUUAUUUGACUUUGACGUUGGAUCACUGAAAGAUGGCUACUACUUUAUCUCCUGAAGUUGUUCAAUUGGCUUCCACUAUGGAUUACUCUGUCAAACAUCCUCUUCAAAAUACUUGGACUUUCUGGUUUGACAAUCCUGGUAAGAAGGCCAAUGUUCAAUCAUGGGCUGACAACUUGAAGGAAAUUGUCUCCUUUGACACAGUUGAAGAUUUCUGGAGUACUAUGAAUAAUGUUGCCAAAGUUAAUCAUCUUGCUCUUAAUUCUAAUUAUCAUCUUUUCAAGCAAGGUGUUCGCCCUGAAUGGGAAGAUGAAGCUAAUGCUGAAGGUGGCAAAUUCAGCAUCCAAUUCCCCAAGAACAAAGCAGGUGACGCUAUUAAUGAAUAUUGGACAUAUCUUCUUUUGGCUGUUAUUGGCGAGCAAUUAGCUACUGAAGAGGAAAUUUGUGGUGCUGUUAUUUCUGUCCGUAAGACUUUCUAUAGAAUUGCCUUGUGGAUCAAGACAUCUAAUGAUUCUGAAAAGAUUGAAAAGAUCAGUGAACAACUUAGAGAAACCCUUAAUCUUUCUGAAGAUAUUCCUAUUGAAUUUCAUAUUCAUAAUGAUGCUUCUGCUAAGGCUGCUGCUGCCUUAGCUGCCGCUUCUCUUGAAGACAAGAAAGAAGAUAAUGCUACUACGACUGAAGGGGAGGAAGUAGCUUCUGCUCCUGUUGCUACUGAAGCUGUUAAGACUGAAGCUUAAAUCAUGACACUUUUUUUUUUACAAGUUAAUAAAAGAAAACAAUUAAUAAUUCAAAGUAUUGUUUUUAACG